AAAAUAUGACCACCUUUUUCGCACGUACGGACAGACGUAGACUUUGAUGUUCAAAGUCAUUUCCAAGAACCUUCAAGAAGGGUUUUGUUAUGUAGUUUGUUAGUUUACUUGUGAGUUCGAGCUUAGAAUUACGAGUUAACCAAUUGGUCACCGUCCACGGCGGAGCUCCGACAACCGAGCUGAGAACUUCACGUCAUUCGAAAGCGGAGCUCCGAGUGAUAGCUAUAAAGGAGAAAGAAAAUGGCGGGAGCUUUAAUUGGUGGCGCGGCAUUGGGUGUUCCGUUUAACGAGCUAGCGACCAUCUUGAAGAAUUUUGGCGAAAGGGCGAUGAGUUUCGAUUCUGUUCUUAAGGAGACGGAAUCCAAGGUAAAUGAUAUAAUUCCUCUGGUUAAAGAAAUAGAUGAUCUUAAUGAAUUCCUGGAGUAUCCAAAAGAAGAAACGGAGAAGUUGAAAAACUUAUUAGAAGAUGCUAAAAAGCUACUUAGUCGGUGUUUAAGAGUGGGGAAGGUUGAUUUGUUAAGGAAAUCAAGUCAUACAGAGAAGCUUCGUGAAUUGAAUACCAAAAUUGGAAGUUUCAAGGACGUUGUGUUGUUGCAAACGUCUAGAGACGGGAAGAAGACAUUGAGGUUAGCGUCUGAAAUCAAGGACGUCGUUCUAAGGCUUGAUGGCAAAUCUGGAUUAAGCAAUCCGGUGGAUUUAGUUGUGACGGUUCCUGUGAUUACAGAAGAAAGUGUUGGGUUGGAAAAGCCUGUUGAGAAAUUGAAGGCUAAACUAUUUAAAGAUGGGGUUCGAUUGUUGGUAGUGACAGCUCCCGGAGGUUGUGGAAAAAGCACUCUGGCCGAAAAAUUUUGUCACGACAAGCAAGUUAAAAAUAAAUUUCAGAGAAACAUCUUGUUCCUCGUUGUCUCAAGCAAACCAGAAACGAAACGCAUCUUAAAAUCUAUAAUUCAAAGACUCGGGGGGCCUGUAGUAUCUGAUUCUGUAAGGGAUGACGAGGCAUUCCGGUUGUUAGAACUUCUGGUGGGGCAAUUGAGUCCAAAUCCUGUAUUGAUUGUGUUGGACGAUGUCUGGGACGGUUCUGAAUCAAACAAGCUUCUUGAAAAGUUCUCCCGAUUACCCAACUGCAAAAUUUUGGUCACCUCUAGAUUUAAGUUUCCUGCAUUUGGUGAGUCGUAUGAUCUGGAACCUCUGGACCAUAAGGAUGCAAAGGAGUUGUUUCAUCGCUGGGCAUCGCGGGGUAACAGAAUGCUGCAGUUCCCAGAUGAAAAAAUUGUAGAAAAGAUAGUGAGGGGUUGUAAGAGAUUCCCACUUGCUCUGAAAGUGAUUGCAGGAUCACUUUCGGGUAGAGCCACUUCGGUUUGGGAAGUUACGGAGAGGAAAUUAUCUAGAGGAGAUUCUAUUCUGGGUUCUGAGAAUGAGCUUCUGAAGUGCCUCAAAGACACCUUAGAUGCCGUCCCAGAUGACAAGAUAGUGCUCAAGGAGUGUUUCAUGGACUUGGGUUCAUUUCCUGAAGAUCAAAGAAUCCGUGCGGCUACCUUCAUUGACAUGUGUGCAGUGUUGUAUGAACAAGAUGAAUGUGAAACCAUGUCAAACCUCGAUGAGCUCUUCACCCGGACUUUAGUUAACACUGUCUCUUUGAGAAAUGAAGCACAUGAAGAUGAUUACUACAGCGAAUCCUAUAUUACACAGCACGACAUACUUAGAGAAUUGGCAGUCCAUUUGACUAAUGAGCAGCAAGUAGACCAAAGAACAAGAUUGCUUGUGGAUAUUAACAAAAAUGAAUUUCCCAAAUGGUGGUCUGAAAAAGAGACGCAACCUGUGAAAGCCCGCCUUUUGUCCAUAACAACAGAUGAGAAGUUCUCAUCAUAUUGGCCUGAUAUGGAAGCACCUGAAGUUGAGGUGUUAAUUCUAAAUCCUGGGUCAGAAACUUACAAGUUACCUGAGUUCGCGAAGAAAAUGAACAGAUUGAAAGUGCUGAUAGUCAGGAAUUACAGGUCCUUUCCAACUGAAUUGACAAGUGAUUAUCAAUUAAUCAAUUGUUUGUCAAGGCUAGAAAGAAUCAGUCUCGAGCGGAUUUCAAUAUCUUCUUUUAGUGACCAUAACCUGAAGCCCCUGUUGCAUCUUAAGAAGCUAUCAUUCUUUAUGUGCAAAAUUGAUAAGGCUUUCACGAACUGCUCGACCCAGAUCUCAUCCAUUUUGCCUAACUUACUCGAGAUUUCCAUAGAUUUUUGCAACGAUUUGGUGGCUCUCCCUGUCGGACUAUGUGAAAUUUUCACAUUGGAGAAACUGAGCAUUACAAACUGUCAUGGAUUAUCUUCGUUACCAGAGGAAAUUGGGCAGUUGAUUAAUCUAAAAAUUCUGAGGCUUAGAUCUUGUAUUCAUUUGGAGAAGUUGCCAGAAUCAAUCUCAAGGCUCCAAGAAUUAGUUGAUCUUGACAUAUCUCAUUGUGUUGGCCUUACCAAACUUCCAGAUAAGAUUGGCAACUUGCAGAAGUUGGAAAAGCUUAAUAUGUGGAGUUGUCCGAACAUGCACAAGCUUCCAAAAUCAGUAAGAAAUCUAAAAAGUUUGAAGAAAGUAGUUUGUGAAAGGGAGAUAGCAAAAUGGGUUAAUUUUGUCUCACCUCGGCUUGGCAACGUGGUAAAAGAACAGAAGGAAGAAGUCAACUUGGAUUGGCUAUAUGCAUGACAGCUUCUUAUAUACCUUUCUAAGGUACGCGUACAAUUAAAUAUUAUGGAUCAUGGGAGCGUGGCGAUGUAUUUAUAAGAGAUCAUCUUCAAAGUAUUGUUAUGGUGGGAGAGAAAUCAGAAUCAUUCAACAACUUGAGGAGGGAAGAGAUUUCUGUAAAGCUAAGCUUAAGGUUUUGUGUUAUCGCUGCAACAAAUAACCUUUUUUGUCGAAUACUUCUUUUAGCGUUCAAGUGCAAAUUGCUGAAGAAAAUCAAAAAAAUGUGUGCAUUUUCUUAUUUUAAUUUUUCUAUUUUUAUUUACGCUGCCUUGCCUCUCGAAAGCUGCGUUUUACCCCCAACCUUUCUUUUUUACUUCCCAUCCUAAUUAAUGCCACUCUCCUGCCUUACCCCCUCUCCACUCUGGAAUCCUUACUACUUCAAUCUCUUCAUCUCAAUCCUCUUUACGGGUUAAACAAGUGGUGGAACUUCCUUUAUCAAAGCCACCAAGGAAAGAUGCAGAUGUUUUGGUCCUAUGCUUUUUUUGGUAGAUGAUAACCAUUAUUAACUACUCUUCUUCAACCCUCCAAACGUAUUCUUAUUUGUCCAAAAUUAGGCCUCAAAUUUGUACUCGCACUGCAAAAUCUCUACACAAAAAAUCAUCCUUGCAAUACCUGUAAAUGUAAUACUUGAAAGCGAAAUCAAACCCUUUUCUUCAUUUUCUUUACUUUUUGUUUGAUUCCUAAUGGUUUGGUUAACUUUGCAGAAAAGGAGAGGUGUAAUUUGUUUAAGUGCCAUUGGGUGCUCGAAUUAAAAAGUACCACGUAUACGACUCACGCUGUUGGAUGAUUCCAGAGUCAAAGAACUGUUUUGGUCAGGACAGGGAAGAACAUGGGGUUUACUUAAUUGAGAUGGAAUCCAUAAAUGUGAAAGUUGCCCUGCUUUGAUCCCAAGUUAUUUCUUCAACUUCUUCGUGGAAAGAAACUUAUCUUUAUUGGUGUUUAUGGGUGAUUUUAGGGCCGUAAAUCGAAAGGAGUCUUUUAUUUGUCUUCUCUCACAGGUUAGCUCUCUCUAGUCUCUACUUUAUGAAUUGGAAAAAGAAAAAGAAGUUGAUUAGCUCUGUCACAUUAUGUAAAUUUGUUGUAUAUGAUUAUUUGAAGCUUAUGUGUUCUUGUUUUCAUCUA